AUGGUCAAUCUGGAGCCCUUCGGUGUCGAGGAGUGGAUGGACGCCCAUGAGAACUCCGCCAAGUACAAUCUCGCCGAGACCUGCUGUGCAUCCAUCUCCAUUGAGGAUUUGCAAGCUCUGGCUGAGGAUCCCUCUGAGAAGUCUGUCAGUAUCCUGACAACUUCCGAAAAGCUCACUUAUGGCGCAAUUCGUGGUAGCGAGGCUCUUCGGAAGAACCUCUCGAAUCUCUACUCCUCGAGGGCCACGUCUCGUUUACCUGAAGACAAUAUCUUGAUUACUCCCGGUGCUAUCAUGGCCAACACCUUGGUCUUUUACGCCCUUGUCGGGCCCGGAGACCAUGUCAUUGUCCACCACCCAACGUACCAGCAGCUCUACGAGGUCCCAAAAAGCCUGGGUGCUGAAGUAGAUCUCUGGGAAGCCAAGGCCGAGAAAGACUGGGUGCCAGAUCUAGAAGAAUUGAAGGCUUUGGUGCGGCCAAACACCAAGCUGAUCGUAGUCAACAACCCCAACAACCCCACCGGUGCCAUUCUCCCCAAGUCCCUCCUCCAGGACCUCAUCGACUUCGCCGCAACCAAGUCCAUCACCAUCCUGAGCGACGAGGUGUACCGCCCCAUCUUCCACAGCAUCUCGCCCAUCGACGACGCCUUCCCGCCGUCGAUCCUGUCGCUCGGCUACGAGCACACCAUCGCCACGGGCUCGCUCUCCAAGGCCUACAGCCUCGCCGGCAUCCGCGUCGGCUGGAUCGCCUCGCGCAGCGCGGCCCUCGUCGAGAAGAUGGCCGCCGCCCGCCACUACACGACCAUCAGCGUCAGCAGCCUGGACCAGCAGGUCGCUGCGCGCGCCCUCAGCCCCAGCACCGUCCACGCCUUGCUCGCCCGCAACAUCGGCCUCGCCAAGGCGAACUUGGAGAUCCUGGAGAAGUUCGUCACGAAGCAUGAUGAUGUCGUUGACUGGGUGAAGCCGAAGGCCGGCACCACGGCCUUCUUGCGGUUCCAUCGUGAGGGCGAGGGUGGUGAGCCGGUGGACGCGGCCAAGUUCUGCAAGACGUUGUUGGACGAGACGGGCGUGUUGUUCGUGCCUGGGCCGGAGAGCUUUGGGCAGAGGUUCCCGGGUUAUGUGAGGGUUGGGUUUUGCUGCGAGACGGAUGUGCUGAAGGAGGGAUUGGAGAAGGUGAGGCUUUGGAUGAAGAAGAACUAUGAUGACGUGCCAGUAGUGGUGGCGUAG